AUGGCUGACGACGACGUGCAGAUUCCAGGCAUCCUAACUGUCCUGGAAUACUUGGAGGGCAAUCCCCUAAUGAAACUUGCCCUCCAAAAGUAUAUCGUUGAAACUAUGGAGCGAGAAGAAGAACUCCUCGAGCGGCUCGCAUUUUAUGAAGGAGCCGCGGAAGAAGAGGAGGAGGAGGUGUUGGAGCCGGCGUUUGCGGGAAUUAAUGAGGAAGAGGCGGCUUGGGCCCCUCUUCCUGAUGAAGAUGACGAGUGGAUGCUCGAGGAAGAGCAUCCAGAACCCGCCGAAGAAGGCUCUGAGAUGCAGGCUUCCCCGAUGGAAGUCGAUGAAGAAGCAGAACCGGAGCAAGCAAUGCGAGAAUUAGUCCUGUAA